CCCUGAACAAAAAGUUUGUCUGCACAUUUAAUCCACAUUCAUGUGACAAGAUUAUCACUCAUCCACGGCAACCAAUCAUAGUAAGGAUAAAAUGGCUUCUUUUUCAGUGGAAGAAUUCAUAGGAAAUGGAAUUUUGAAGGAACUGCUCCAAAAGUUGUUGGAAGAAGGGUGGGAUGAUGUACCAACCCUGAAGAUUAUGAGUUCAGAGGACAUGGAUUUACUACAGAUGACACAAGAGCAAAAGGAUGCACUUGGAAUCAGAUCAUACCUGCAUGAUCGUGGACUAAUGCAAUAUGCAGAUAAGAUGGAAGAUUGUGGGAAAGCUCUGUCAGAGCUUAUCAAUUUAAGCACCACAGAUCUUUCUACGCAAUUCGAAAUGAAGAGAGGCCACAUUGCGCGCUUUAUUAACAGAACAACAAGCGAUGAUUCUGUCAAAUUACGUGCACUCGCUGCUCGAAGAAGAAGCAGCACGAUGCAUAGAGAUGAUAGCAUUCCCAAGAGUGUUGGAUCCAAUAGCUCUAAUAGCUUGACAAGAUCACACAUAAGAAGCAAUGCAGCUUCUGAUGCACUUGAACAAUCAAUGGCUGAUAUGAAGAUUAAAGAAGGAUAUGUCUUUAAGGGGAUUGUUGCUGCUGAACCAGCUGAGCCUAGAGCAUGUGGCUGUGUGAAUCCACCACCUCCUAUCAGUGACCAAGUUGCUCCUUAUGGUACUGUUGAAAAUAUUUCAGUUCAGAAACUUACUCCUGAGUACAAGAUUGGCAUGGAACCGUUGGUGAAAACCAAGGCUCCUCCACUGAAGGUUUCAGAACUGUGGCGAGAUAAACCAGCUGUUUUCCUGUGUCUCAGAAGACCAGGGUGCAUCAUGUGUAGAGCUGAGGCACACCAGCUCUAUUCCAGAAAAGCCAUAUUUGAUGCACUUGGGGUUCAACUUUUUGCAGUUCUUCAUGAGCAAAUAGACUCAGAGGUAAAAGAUUUCUGGCCUCGAUACUGGGGCGGUGUCGUGCUUCUUGAUCGAGGUAGGGACUUCUUCAAAGCUCUUGGAGGGGGAAAACUGCUCAAGGAGAAGUUCCUAUCAGGAUUUUUGCUGAAUCCUCGAUCACUUUCCAACUACAAGCGUGCAAAAGCCAUGCAUAUUGACUACAAUUUCAAAGGAGAAGGUGAAAUCAAAGGUGGACUCUUCAUAAUAGGGAUGGGAAAGAGUGGCAUAGCUUACCAGUUCAUAGAGAGGAACUUUGGUGAUUGGGCACCUAUAGCUGAAGUCAUUGAGAUCUGUACUCAAAUGCAGAAUUUUCAGUAAACUGGAGAAUUCAAUGAACCAACAAGAAGGUCAAAGGAUGAGUGUGCAGUACUGAGGGGAUCACUCAGAAUGAUUGAAUAUAUUGGGCAUGCAUUUAGCCAUUCACUAAAGUUCAGUUCCUUUUAAUUCCAUAUCUCCUGCAAUCAGGAUACAACGUUCUUGCAAUAUAGAUGUCAGUAAACAUGCAAGACCUAUUCGAUAAUACUCUUGAUUUUAAAAACAUUGUGUUUUUUUAGAUAGAUAUAAAUAUACGGUUAUAGACGAGUUGGAUUAUUAAUCAAUUAUUAGAGUUUAAUCAA